AGUGGAAUGUAUCUCUGGUCCAGCACGUUACUAACGCCCUGCACCAGAGCUAAGUGGAAUGUAUCUCUGGUCCAGCACGUUACUAACGCCCUGCACCAGAGCUAAGUGGAAUGGAACACCGCUAACCACCUGUUUCAGCUGUGCUAAUUGAUGCUAUUUGGACAAUGUUGGCUACAUGCUGUUAACGAAUUGAAUCCAUGAAUUUAUCUGCACCUGCAGACUUCAGACGAGUACCGUGGAAUAAAUUGACAGGCUGAUUGACAUGUAGGAAAGGUUGGUCUUGACGAGUUGUUAGUUCUCGCAGAAUGACCCAGGAGCAGUUGCUUUCGAGCCUGAAGAAGGAUGUGCGCUCCCUGCUCAUCUCAGCCAAGCAGGGCCUGACCCCAGAUCAGUUGAAGAGAGACUACAUCAACAUGCUGGGCCACCCCGUGCCCCUGAGGAUCCUUGGCUUCCGCAACGUGCUGGACAUGAUCCGCGAGAUGCCCGACGUGGUGCAUAUCCUCUAUCUGGGAGAUGGCAGCAUAGUGCUGAAGGCAGUGGCUGAUGACGCCACCAGAGGCAUAGUGGAGUUGGUGGCCAAGCAGCGCAGUGCCAAGAAGACCCCUGCUCAGCGUGGCUUCUUCUCGCCACGCUACCAGCAUCACAACCCCAUGGUCCUGCCGCGGCGUGGUCGUGCACCCCCGGCCCUGCCGGCUCAACUCCGGGCCCAGCUCCACCAGCUGCUCUCCCAUGGGGCCGUGGGUUUAUCGGAGCUGGAGACAGCCUUCGUCCGCCGCUUCGGCUUCCCUUUACGUGUCAACAACUACGGUUUCUAUUCCAUCGCCGAGAUGCUGGCGGCGGCCGCCGACCUGGUGGCAGUCACACAAAGCAGGAUGGGCUCCCAGCUGUCCCUCAGGGGGGCAGUGGUGGCAUCACGGAGGACCGGACCUAUAAAGCCGUUAUUCCCAUUGAAGCAGACGUUCCAAACUGUUCCUAUCGUAAGGCAGAUGACCCAGGCAAACUCAGUCCCAGUAGAAAGACACACCAUGGAGUCCAGUACUCCGAAUCCAGUGUCCAAUACUCAGAAUCUUGUGGUACCAGCGCCACUCCCUGAGGCUGCAGUCCUUAACAGCCCAGAGGGGGACCAGGGCUCUCUGCCAAUGGAUUACACAACACCACAGCCUGAACCUGAACCCACGCAGGACGGACAACUGUUUCAGAAGUGUGUCAUCAAGCUGGAGGAGGAGCUUAGGCAGCGUAUUCUGGAGAACGGGGAAGCGGGCACUGUCAGUCCAGAACUAAAGGCCAAGCUUCGGCAGGUUGUAGCCCAAAGCAGUGAGGGACUGUCCGUCCACGAUCUCCCUGCAGAAUUCAAGAGGGUGUUUGGGGAGGAGCUGCCGGUGGUCCAGAGUGGCUUCCUGAGUACCACGGAGAUGGUGGGUGCCCUGAGCGACACGCUCUACCUGCGGCCCAUGGCGGGUGACGAGGGCAACCACUGGGUGGUCAUGGACAUCCAGAAUGCCCCUGGACACACAACGCCUCAACAACCAGGAACGGCGGAGCCCGAAGGCCCCGUUGAGGGUGUCAAGGCUCUGAACCCGUCAGGUACGGGCUACUAUUUCAGCUGUGAGGAGUCUCCCUGGGAGGGAGAGGGAGGCGAGACCAAGCCCAACUUGGAGGAAGACCUGGAGCUCCGCAUCACCAAGACCUUCUACCAGAUGGUGGAUAUGUACGGCUCGUUGCCGGUGCGUUGUCGGCGUGGGGCGGUGAUUCCCCCGGACGCCAUGCGGGGCCAGAGGCUGAGGGCCCCCACGUGCAAGGGCCCUCGGGAGCUGGUGGCCGUGCUGGUGGAGCAUGUGGAGUCUCCCUCGAACUUCUACAUCCGCUUUGAUGAGAGCCAAGAGGCCCGCGCCCUGGAGAACAUGAUGAUUGAGAUGAGGAGCUGCUACACCUGUCCCGAGGUGUUGGAGCGUUACCGUCUGCCGGAGCGCUACGUGCGUACAGGCCAGGUGUGCUGCGUGGCGCCCCAGGGCAUCUGGUUCUACCGCGUGGUGGUUCACCGUGUCGUCAACAACACCCAUGCAGAGGUCUACUACGUGGACUUUGGAGACCUCACCACUGUCCAGAGGAGCAGCCUCAACUUCCUCAAGUCUUGUUACUCAGAGCUCCCAGCACAAGCAGUCCCGUCAUCGCUGGCUGGAAUCAAGCCUUUCGGUGGCAGCUGGAGUGCCAACGCCAAGACCUCCUUCCAGAAGCUAUGUUGUGACCGUACCCUGGUGGCAGCCCUGCAUGGCUACCACGCCGACUUCCUGCAGCUCUUUCUGUGCGACACACACACCGAGGAGGACGUGUACAUCCACAGCGCCCUGCAGGCCCAGGGCCAUGGGCUCUGCUGCGCACCCACAGUCAGCGCAGCGUUGUGUAACCAGUUCAACCCAGUGAGCCUCUAUCUGGGCGAAGGCGUGUUCGGCGAGGGAAUGGAAAUAGAGGACGAGGACCCCACCCUGGAGCCUUGCCACGAAGCCACCACCAUCACUUUCCAGCACAACACCACCCAACCCCUGUCCAAGAGCUCCCCUUGCCCCACUCACACGACCCCUAACCUCGUGGGUGGGAACAAAACCAAGGAAGAUGAAGUUCUUCCUGACCUCCCAGCACUGGAGUUCAUCGAGGUCAACUCUACAGCUCAGGGGGGCCUGAAUGCCAACCCAUUUGCAGCUCUGCAGAGUAAGGACCCGCUGCUUCUGUGCUGUAGUGACUGGGACCAGGGCUGGACACCCAACCCCUGCCCCAGAGGUGGUACAGCCCAAGGCAAACCUGGGUAACCAUGGAGACACAGCUAUGCCUAGUGCCAGUGAGCUGAAGCAGCCAUGCUCUGUAAAUGGAGGGGCGGUGUCCCUCAUACCUGCGGUGCCCCCCCAGCCCUCCACUCUGAAAACCCUGAGCCUCCGUACCCCCGGAUUGACGCCGACCCAGAGUGCCCCAUACGGUACGUCCAUGUUCCCUCUGUUUGGGACGGGGGACAUGCUGCGUGUCACCUCGCCCUUUGCCCUGGGCCCGGCCGCCCGUCUGGCUACCGGAACUGGUUUCCACCUCCUCAACUGGUACCCUCACAAAAUGGCCUGAACACACACACACUUCCUCAAUGCACAGCUGGUCAAACCAGCAUCAUCCUGCUAUGUGCAGACAUGAUCCUUACCUGUUAGAAUGUUAGCUACCUACAGUCAGACAUGAUCCUUACCUGUUAGCUACCUACAGUCAGACAUGAUCCUUACCUGUUAGCUACCUACAGUCAGACAUGAUCCUUACCUGUUAGCUACCUACAGUCAGACAUGAUCCUUACCUGUUAGCUACCUACAGUCAGACAUGAUCCUUACCUGUUAGCUACCUACAGUCAGACAUGAUCCUUACCUGUUAGCUACCUACAGUCAGACAUGAUCCUUACCUGUUAGCUACCUACAGCCAGUCCUGUGCAGAGUUGAUCGCUCCUUCUUCGAAUUAGAAAAUAAUCGGAAAGCUUGUUUUGUAGAACUUUGAGUUGUGUUUUUACCGGUUAAGUUUUAUUUUCUGCCUUUAAGUACGCUUUGAUACGUUUUAUGUGUUUCAUAUUGUAAUGACCAGGUUAGUUUCCUCAUUUUCUACCUGUUGCCUGUUUAAUUGCUCAGCAGGUUCGUUUCCUUAGAGGACAGGGGACUUUUCAAAUAACACUGUUUCGAAACCGAAAUAAAUAAUGUAAUUUUAUUUUUUUGAAAAUAAACCAAAUUGAAAACUUGUGAA